GCCAAGGUGGGCAAGAAGAAAAUGGCAUCCAUUCUAGCUAUUGGCACUGCAAAUCCACCCAACUGUUUCGACCAGGCUGACUAUCCAGACUUCUACUUCCGAGUCACUAAAAGCGAGCACAUGACACAGUUAAAGGACAAGUUCAAGAGAAUAUGUGAAAAAUCCAAAAUAAGGAAACGUUACAUGUAUAUCACCGAAGAUACUAUCAAGAAGAACCCAAGCUUAAGCACCUACGAUGCCGCGUCCCUCGAUGCGCGUCAAGAAAUUCUGGUCACUGAGGUACCCAAGCUCGGCAAGGAAGCAGCAUUGAAGGCCAUUGAAGAAUGGGGCCAGCCCAAAUCAAAGAUCACCCACCUUAUAUUUUGCACUUCUUCAGGUACCCAUAUGCCAGGUGCAGAUCAUGAGCUUACUAAGCUCCUUGGCCUUGAACGUUCUGUCAAGAGAUUCAUGAUGUAUCAACAAGGCUGCUUCACAGCAGCCCUAGCCCUCCGCCUUUCCAAAGACCUUGCUGAGAAUAAUCCCGGGGCACGUGUUCUCAUCGUGUGUUCUGAGAACAUGACUGUUUGUUUCCGAGCACCAUCUGAGACUCACUUGGAUAUUCUUGUAGGCUAUGCGAUUUUCUCUGACGGUGCUGCUGCUAUCAUUGUUGGGGCUGAUCCUGACACAGCUACCGAGCGCCCAUUAUUUCAACUUGUGUCAGCCGAGCAGUGUAUUGUUCCUGACUCGGAUGAUGGAAUAGUUGGUCACAUACGUGAAAUGGGGAUUUCCUAUUACUUGCAUAAAAUGGUGCCCAAAAUCGUUGCGGAAGGCGCUGCGCAAUGCUUGGUGGAGACAUUCAAUGCUCGAUAUGGGAUCAAGGACUGGAAUUCUCUGUUUUACGUUGUCCAUCCUGGAGGUACAGGCGUUUUGAACAAGUUUGAAGAGCACAUUGGCUUGACGAAAGAUAAAUUGAGAGCAUCUCGGCAUGUGCUAUCUGAGUAUGGAAACAUGUGGGGUCCAAGUAUGUUCUUCGUUCUUGAUGAGAUGAGGAGAAGAUCAGCCAAGGAAGGGAAAGCCACCACUGGAGAAGGAUUGGAUCUAGGUGUGCUGUUCGGGUUCGGCCCUGGCGUAACUAUCGAGACCAUAGUGCUCCGUAGUUUCGCUACGGAUUGAAUGACUACUUCGGCAGCGGACUCGUCAAGAUUACUGGAAGGAUCAUGCAUGGUUAAUUAAGGUAACUCUGUGUCAGUGUUUGUUCUUUUGUUUUUCAGAUUUGAUGAUUCAAUAAAGCAUCUGUGCGGAGGAUCCGGCUCCUGUGAUCGGAUCGGACUUCUCUCACGAAGACGUUCCUGUUGUUGUUGUUUUAGCACUUGUUGUUUUUGAAAUUGAAUGAGAUUUAAUUAUUAUAUUAUUAGAA